CCUUGCAGAGGCUCAGUAGUCGCUGAAACCUGACUUGAGACGCCCCGAGAACAGCGCCAGAUCUAUGCGUCGCUAUUGACAUCCCGUUGCAAGGACGAAGAUGCAGCCUAGUGCCCGCCUCCUCCUCGGUGCCCUGCUGUCUGCUGUCACCCUCACGAGUGCCGGGGCAGCUCACGGUAAGCAAUCACUACCAAACACGCUUACACGUGCCAUAUGGGCAUUGCAGAUCUGAAGGCACCCCUCCAGCCGUUUCUCUCUCACCAGAGGAGCGCAUAUGGCCACCUGCAUAAGGAUAAUGUCACCUCAGCUGAGCGACCUUCAGGCGGAAUCGUUCGUCGUGUGGAUGAGAUGGAUAAGCCGGGAGGUGACAGCAGAGAGUAUCGCACUAUAACGCUCAAGAACCAAUUGGAGGCGGUGCUUGCGUCGGAUAUGAAUGAGGAGUUCGGCACUAUGGCACUGCGCGUCAAAGCCGGAAGGUGCGCCUGCGAGAGAGGGGAGACAUAGAUGUCUCAUACAUGUGUGUGGUGCCUGUGCGUGUCUGUCUUUGUCUUUUUCUAUCUUUAUCUGUGCGCACAGUUUCCAGGUAGGCGCUGGGCCUUUGUCUCCUCGAAUAUGCUCGUGUCUCUUCCUUCUCGCCGGCAGGACCCCGAUGAGCUGCCCGGCCUGGCCCAUCUGCUGGAGUGAGUGAGUCGGCGCAACCUGCACACAAUGCACAUCUCUUGGUUGCUCCUUGACGUCGAUGGGUGGGUGCAUUGGCUGCCACAGGCACCUUGUGCAUCACCUGUCGGUCCCGACCGAUAAGCACCCCUACUCGGUGUACAAGCAUUUGAGUAUCAUCGGUGGAGACAACGACGCGUUCACAGUGGCAGGUCAGUCCAUUGCGUGGUCGGCAGAUAGGGAGGCUCCUUCGUAUCAAGGUGGUGAUUGCCACUGAUUGCACCGCGCCAGAUUGUUGCGCGUGUGUGCAGAGGGCACUUUCUUUCAGUUUCAAGUGCCGAAGAAACACAUGCAGGACGCGCUCAAGAGGUACAUACAGACAUGCAGGCAGGCAGGCAUCGGCCCAUCUGUGUGUGUAAUGUCUCACCACUUUCUCUGUGUAUGUAGAUUUGCCGAUAUGUUUAUCAUGAAGGAACACGUCUUCACUGACGAGACCAUCAAGUCGGAGAUCACUGCCGUCAACAACGACUUCAAUGCCUUUCUACAGAAUGAGAAGUGGCGCGUCCCACAUAUGACGAAAGUAGCCGCUAACCACCAACAUCCCCAUUCUCGUUUCGACCCUGGCAAUAGGGCAUCACUCGACAAGGGGAUUAGCAAGGUGACGGCGCGAGCAGGCAUAUGUAGCUCAGCAUUCAUUGCCAUGUGCAUGUUUGGCACAGGUGCGCAAGGCGUUGGUAGGUUUCUUCAAUCAGUUCUACUCCGCUAAUGCCAUCAAACUGUCUCUAAUUGGACCCUUCCCACUAGAUAAGCUGCAGAAAUGGGUCGUGCAGGUAGCAAGCGAAUCGAACACGUGACUGUCGAGACACUUCAGGUGUCCCUACUGACUUCUCCACUUAUCUGCAUUCAGUACUUUUCGCCGAUCCCCAACCGACAGAUUCCACUGACCCACUCUUAUCCAGUCACGCCUUAUGAAUUCGGCACUUUGGGCAUCCGCUAUGACGUGGUCCCUGCCCUCAAGGACGUCAACAGAAUGCUGCUGUACUUCCCGUACACUCCCGAAGGGAUUGUUGUGCCGGGCGCGCCGCCACGGAACUUCAAGUGGGCGAGAAUCGAUAGAGAGAAAGGGGACUUUCAUCACUGUGUGUCCCUUUUGUUUGGUCAUGCAUGUCAGGGAGAGCAAGCCGGAGCAGUACAUACUGUCCCUUAUCAACUACCGCGGUCCCGGCUCGCUGUCAAGGGUCUUGAUUGAGAGGGGGUGGGCCACUCGGUUGGAGGCCAAGCUCACGGAAGAAUCAGGCGACCUGUGUGAAGCAUCGGACGACCUCGCCGCAUUCAAGUCAGACAGACAGACAGUCUCUAACUUUGUCCACCAAAGUUAGAGACACCAAAACCUUACGUCUCUGCGUCUUGUGUGAUGUAGGAUUGAGAUUCGCUUGACGAGGAACUUCUGUGAAGCAUCAGGGGAGCGGGCCGUUGAUUCGGAGCUCGAGUUGUUCUUCCACUUCCUCCAUCUCAUGCGCCGAGAGGGGUCCGACCUGGAGCGCUUCACCACGCUGGCGAACGAGAAGAGAGCUCAGUGGGAUGAAGCCCCGGGAGACGAUGCAGAGGCAAGUUCACGGCACAACGGACAUGUGUAGGCGUCGAUGGGUCUACAUCAUAUCUGUGUGGGACGCGAGCAGAAGAUUGUCGAGAGCCUUUUCCACUUUCCCCCGCCACGCACAAUGAGCGGCCCCUCCCUUUUGGACAAGUGGAGCCCUGAAGACAUCAGCUUCAUGCUGGACAGGGUUCUCACGCCAGACAACAUCAUCGCCAUCGUAGCAUCAAAGACCCUGUUCAGCGAGAAAUCGAGGACACAGAAGGUCUGCCAUCACACUUAAAGGACCUUGCCUCCUUUGACUGGGCCGCUGUUCGUCUUUCCACAGCAAUGGAAGACCGAGCAGUGGUACAAGAUCGUCUACAGGGGUACAAAUAUCAGCUCCGAGCUCAAAGCCAGAUGGCGCAGCCCUCCGGCCGUCGACAAGAGGCUGAAGCUGCCCGGUCCAAACCCGUUCACGGCAGGGGAGAUGGUGAAGAUAAAGGGCAAGGGCGAGGGAGACACCUCCCCCAAAAGAUCGCUGUACAAGCUGACGCAUAGAUUCGUCGAGCUAAUCGUUCAGCGGUCUUACUACGUAUGCAUACGGAGCAAGCCAGCCCCUGCCGCCCCCUUUCGCAUUGCUGCACAUGUGUGAUGCAGGACGUCAGUGGGGCUGUUCUCGUCGUCCUCACGCUGCCUGAGCUGGGAAGCGGCAGCCGAGAGCAGUUCAUGGUCGACCUGUACAUCAAGCUCAUCACGGACCGAAUGGAUGAGACCACAUACAUGGCCAGUAAGACAGGUACGAAUCGACAGAUCGAUGGAUCGGUGGAGACAUGCUGAUUGGCUUGCUUGCGAGAGUGCGGUGCAGGCAUUGACUCAUCCAUAGAGUUCGACAUGGUCGAGAACCACAUCCUUAUCAAGUUCUCGCGGAUUGCCGGGCAGAACAUUCAGCGGCUGCUUCAGUCUUACCUCGAGACGAUGAAACGCAUCUGGGAGGAAUACGGCAGCACCAGGCUGAGCACCGAGCUGCAGGAGAGGUUUGAAUAUGUGCGUCUCAACACUCUCGAGAAGAAACUGAACAAGCAACGGUCCGCCUUGGCGCAGAAACUUGCACAGUAAGUGAGCCUCCAGCGCCAUUUCUGCUAUCGAUUGUCUGCUUCUUCCUCUCCGUCCGUGCAGCAAAUCGAUGGACGAGGUCUUGUCAGGGUAUUCCUUCAGUCGGCAUGUGGAGUUCCUUCUCUCCGAGGCAACGCCCACCGCCAUAGCUGACCUCGUCGGAUCGGUUCUCGCCAGGAUCGACAUAACCGUCUUCGCAUCAGGCAACUGGAAUGACAAGGAGGCCAAGCGGAUGGCGCAGCUUGUCUCGGAUGUCCUGGGAAGUGACGCACUGGAGGCCGACGAGAAGCCCACGAGACAGAGCAUCCAGAUUCCGCUCGGUCAGAGGGGCGUCGUGGUAUCCCGACAAGGCGUCAGCAGGGCAUCAGGCUUCGAGAUUUUCUUGCAAGUAGGCCAGGGGGACGGGCUGGCUGAUCGAUCGGUGUGUGUCUCGUCUUUGUCUGUCUUUGUCUUUCCUGCGACACAGGUGGGACACUUCCCCGGCAAAGCAGACACCACAAUGGCGAAAAACGUCCUGCUGCAACAGUUGACGGAGCUCGUAACCAGGCUGGCCUUCAUGUAA